AAUAUUCGCAUAGGUCAUCAAUGAAAACUCACAUAAAUAUUCUAAGGUUUUGUCACAAUUAAGUGUUGAAAACAAUUUUAAAAGAGUCCAUUUUCUCUGACCCAUUUACACUUAACACAUUAAUCAAAUACCUACCAAAAAUGUGUUUGCCCUCGACACAUGCCUGCAAAAACGUUUCCGUGGUAACGAAUUGAAAUUUUAAUCAAUACAAAGUAAACAACUUAAAAAGAUUAUCCAAUUUCACUUGACCUAGAAAUUUUUAAAAGGAAUAACAAUAUUCUUGGUUUGUAGUUUAGAUUUAAGAACGUAAGUUGUACGGUUCGCCAUGUCCACAAUUUCGUCUAAAAAUAAAUCAUUAUCCAAUCGUGAUGUCCACCUGCAAUAUUUGGACAUGUUGGAAACCAUCGCAGACACUUGCUGUGAGAUUUGCCAAUGUGAUUGCUAUAGUUCACAUAGUGCGCUUAAUACAGAGAAUAUUUUUGAAGCUGGGCCUUCAUCAGUGCGACUAGAACCACCAGUUAACAAAUUACACAGUAAAAAAUCUUCUCAGAGGAAAAAAACAAAGUCAAAUGGUAGUAAACUGAAACGAUCCAAAAGUGCUUCAUCCUUUUAUACCAAAGAUUGUAAAAUUCUUAAGGAACUCAAUUUAAAUGAUAAACUUCCGCGUGUCAGGGAUUCAACACGUUAUCCACGAUGGUCUAGUAUGGAAUCGAUAGAACUUUGUGAACCAAUGCGAAAUCUCUGCCUCUCUCCGACCGUGUCCAAGGCCUUUGAAAAAGUUCCUCUCUGUGAUAAGAAAAUACUCAAUCGAAUGGCAAAAAAACGUGGUGAAAAAAUUGUAGAUAAUGAAAAUGCUUGGCUAGCACAAAAGUUUUGGGAAAACGAGCAAUACGAAAGAGAACUACUCAAAUGUGAGCAAACGGAAGAAUUCAAAAAGGCAAUAAGAAAUAAACAAUUUCAAGAUUAUCAAAUAACCAAAGCGAGACUCAACGAAAUCGCUCAGCGGGAUAUGGACGAAUUGCAACGACUACGCGCUAGUUUACGAGAAAAAGAUAAAAAAGCCAAAUGACGAUUAAAAUUGGUUGCGACUGAGAAGGGUAUUAUGCAGGCUCAACGGCGUAACAAUGAGCUGAGGAAGAGCGAAGCAGUUUCAAUUGUCCAAGAGGAGCAAACAUUAGACGAACAGCUCCGCAAAUGCGAAAUAAGUCACAAACUAGAAGAGCAACUUCAACGAGCAGAUAAAAUUCGUCAUCAUAUGCUUGAGAGUUACUUAAGACGAUUGCGCUACGAUAAUUAUCUCGAACAAAUCGUUCAUGAGGAGAAUUUUCGUGAAACUCAGGAAUUUGAGAAGAUGAGAAAGGCGCAAUUGAAGGAUCUUAUCAGUCAGAAGAAUGUCAAAACAGAACAAUUUAUUGAAAAUAAACGAAAACAAAACAAUGAAAUGAAGCAGAAAGCCAAAAUAUCUGCCAGUUUGAGGGAGUUGAUACGUUCUUCAGUUACCCCAGAUGGCGUUAAUAGACGUGAUGCGAAGGAUCAAUUUGUACGAUCCAUGUCGAAUAUGUCUUUCCACAAAUUUACUGGGCCAAGUUGCUAAAGUGAAUACAAAUAAACUUAAAAAGUAAUUAAGUUCAACUAAAUAAAUUAUACCUAUAAAACAAAAACAUGAAGCUUAAAUA